AUGGCUCCUCGAGAGGAGCUAAUUGCCUCUGCGGUGACCUUCCUACAGGAUCCCUCGGUGGCUUCGUCGCCUAUUGAGAAGCGGGUGGCAUUCCUGCAAUCCAAGAAUCUUACACAAGAGGAGGUCGAUCUCGCCUUAUCGCGAGUCGGCGAAGACCCGGUUGCCGCGGCCGCGGCUUCUGGAACCGUCUCUGCGCCGUCGCAGUACACCUCACAACAGGUUGCAUACCGACCACCCUCACAAUCACCACAGGGAUAUGGCUAUCCUCCAUAUAAUCAAUGGCAGCCGCCUCCAGAGCCGCCGAAGAGAGACUGGCGGGACUGGUUUAUAAUGGCAACGGUGAUGGGUGGCGUGGGCUAUGGAUUGUACUUCGUUGGCAAGUUGGAGCAAGACAAGGAGAACAUCGACGAGCAGUUUUCACGUGCAUUUGAUCUGAUUGAACAGCUUUCGACCGAUACCGCAGCCUUGAAGGCCGCCGAGGAUGCUCGCACUGAGCGUCUGGAUUCGGCUUUGAAGGAUGUGGAGAAUCUGGUUGCAGACCUGAAGAAUGCGUCGCGACGGAGGGACGACGAGACCCGCCGCAUCAGCGAUGAGGUCAAGUCAUUGAAGGAUGCGAUUCCCAAGGCCCUGGAAGGCGCUCGGGAGGGCAACGAGAACCGUCUGAAGGAGCUCGGAUCUGAGUUGAAGAGCUUGAAGGUCUUGCUGGGCAACCGACUGGGUGGCAGCGGCGGUGCUCCCACCGUUGGUCGCACUCUCAGCAGCUCUACAAUUACUCCAUCCGUGACUCCCCAGCCGGUUCCUGAGCCCACUCCUGCUGCUGCUCCCGCCACCAACAGCCUGCAGGCCACCGUGACCCCGGCCGAGCAGGAGCCCCAGCCGGCUGCUGCGCCAGCGCCAGCUCCAGCUGCUGACAGCCCUCUUGCCAAGCUUGGUCGCUCCGCCUCCAUUCCGGCUUGGCAGAUGGCUGCCUCCGGUCGAUCCAAGAGCUCUUCUCAGUCGAGCGCUGCCCCAGUGGCCGAUAAGCCUGCUGGCUCCAGCAGCGAGCAGAGUGCCUCCGCCAGCUAG